CGAACGCAGUUCACUGAAUCAGUAUUAUUAGCAGGAAACCGGUCUCAGGCUAAAAAUUAUUUAUUUCCCAGUCGAGUUGUACUAGAAGCGAGUUCCUUAGUAAAUAAUUGUAGUUUUUGUGCUUUGUGUGCCUGAGGAUUAACAGCAAAAUGGCCAAAACUCCAACGGUUCGUCCUGCCGCUGAUUUUGACGAAGAAGCGGACGCCAAAGCCUUAAAAGAAGCCUUUAAAGGCUUCGGAACUGAUGAGGAGACCGUCAUCGCAAUUAUCGGAAAUAGGAGCAAUGACCAACGUAGGAAAAUCGCCGCCGCUUUUAAAACCAUGUACGGAAAGGAUUUAAUCAAAGAACUGAAAUCAGAACUCCGUGGCAACUUCGAGGACAUAAUGGUGGCCCUGAUGACCGAACCACUGGAGUACCAAGCGAAGGAGUUACACCACGCCAUCAGCGGCUUAGGUACCAACGAAAGCACCCUGGUGGAAAUCUUAGGGAUCCAUAAUAACGAGGAAAUCACCACUAUCGUAAACCUUUAUGAGGGUCUGUACCUAACGUCCCUGGAAAGUGACAUUAAGGGCGACACCACUGGACAUUUAAAGAGGCUUCUGGUGUCUUUGGCAAAUGGUCACAGGGAUGAAUCAGAUGAAGUAGAUGAGGAAUCAGCACGUCAAGACGCUCAAGCACUUCUGCAAGCCGGUGAGCUCUUAUUCGCUGGUACCGAUGAGUCAGUUUUCAAUAUGGUUUUAUGCCAACGUAAUCGUCCGCAACUCAGAAGGAUAUUCCACGAGUACGAGCAGAUCACCGGGCAUUCGAUAGAGAAAGCGAUCGAAAAUGAAUUUUCUGGUGAUAUUAAGGAUUCGCUGUUGCAGCUGGUGCAUGCGGUAAGGGAUCCGAUCGAUUUCCUCGCUACAAGACUGCACGACUCCAUGGAGGGGAUCGGAACAGAUGACAGGACCCUUAUCAGGAUCGUAGUGGGUCGGUCGGAAAUCGAUUUGGGGGAAAUCAAGGAGGUUUUCGAGGCGAAAUAUGGGAAAACUCUCGCUGAAAGUAUAGAGCAGGACACCUCGGGAGACUACAAGAGAACCCUCCUGGCCAUUGUUGCCUGAUUUACCGCAUUAAUUUCCUAAUUUAAUUAAUUUUAUAUAUUUUUUUUUUGUUAAGGCUUUUACAGCGCAAAUAAAUAUUUAUAAACUUUUUAAAA